AUGAGUAGGUCCAUGCUGUCCCAAUCCCUCGAGUGCUUCUCAUAUCAUGCGAUCACGGCUGCACUUGCGGUGCCUCUUGCCAGUGCCCUGCUGGUCAAUGCAACUGCCCCAAGAGAUGAAGCACUUUCUAGAGCUUCGCUAGCUUUCGGUGAAACUUGA